ACGGGCUCACCACUUGCCCUUCCCCACCACCCGCAUCGCCGGCGACCGCCGCCUCUACGACGCAGCCGGCAAGAUGACCCGGAAGCCCAAGCGGAAGCUGCCGGCCUCGCCGUCGAGGCGCGACUCUCCGCUGGAGCCCUACCAUGGCCACGCUGCCCCCUCCCCCGCGGAAUGCCUGGCCGUCCGCGACGCCCUCCUCGCCUUCCAUGGCUUCCCCGACGAGUUCGCGCCCUUCCGCCUCCUCCGCCUCGGCCUCUCGCCGGAGGACGAGGGCGACCAGCCGCCUCCGCGUCCGACCGUCCUCGACGGGCUCGUCACCACCCUCCUCUCGCAGAACACCACCGACGCCAUCUCCCGCCGCGCAUUCGCCUCCCUCAAGGCCGCCUUCCCCUCCUGGGACCAGGUGGUGGACGAGGAGGGGAUGGGGCUGGAGGACGCCAUCCGGUGCGGCGGCCUGGCGGCGACGAAGGCUGCGAGGAUCCGGGCGAUGCUGAGGGGCGUGAGGGAGAAGAGGGGCGCCAUUUGCCUUGAGUACCUGCGGGAUCUGUCCGUGGAUGAGGUGAAGAGGGAGCUCUCACAGUUCAAGGGGAUUGGACCGAAGACUGUGGCAUGUGUCCUGAUGUUCUAUCUUCAAAAGGAUGACUUUCCUGUAGAUACUCAUGUACUCCGCAUUACAAAGGCUAUUGGUUGGGUUCCUCCAACAGCUACUAGGGAGAAGGCAUACAUUCAUCUGAAUAAUAAGAUUCCCGAUGAUCUGAAGUUUGACUUGAAUUGUCUAUUUGUUACUCAUGGGAAGCUUUGUCAAUCGUGUACAAUAAAGUUAGGAGUCCAGAAACCCAAGGAUGUCAACGCUGUUUGUCCCUUAGCAAGCUACUGUUGUAUCAAAGAAGAAAUUCAGGAAUAGCCAAGGAAAUGGUGUUUCCAGAAGAGGUCGUAACCUCCCAAUAACCCAACAUCACUAAUGGUAGGAAGAUUUAUGGGCAGUGGUGCCGUGCACUGCAUACAUGUAAUGGCAAUUUCAGGUUCCCGUCUUGUAUUGUUGUUAGGGGGCUUCUAGCUGUAUGAUUUCAGGCUAGAUACCAUAUUUGUGAACUCAUUCUACCUACUGGCAGUAAGGAAGUUUUUAGGGAAGCUGAAGGAUGCGAUCUAUGGCUUGCUGAAAGUGUCAUUUGUUAGAAGUGGUUAGAAGAAUGCCGAUUGCCAAACGACCUGCUACCUAGUGUGCCAUAUCGGCAAAUUGUGCCGUCAGAUGACAACCGUCCAGUUGUGUACAAUGGUACCCUCGACUUUCUGCUGCACAUGACCUGUUGCGCCUGUUGAGGUGGCUUGUGAUUUUCAGAGCAAGCGCUUUGCUCACGACGCGGAAAAGAUUCAUCUAAUGCAACCUGGAUGAGUUGCUCCACCCCACCAGCCUGAAAGGGAUGUGGACCUGGCCUCCCCGCCGUCGGCACUUGAUCUUGACUGGACAUUUGGAUGCUUGCCCCUGUGAUGUGGGCAGUUUGCUUCUUGCUUACUUGAACUUUGUGGACUAGAUCAUCAUCACAUUUUAGUCUUUGAUUAGGUUGUAGUGCACUCUUGUCGGCUGAUCUUGGAGCCUUGCUUUGGUGGGAACAUCUGAUGUGAAAGUUGAGCGCUUU